CUGCUCCCAAACGCUACAAAGCAUUUAGCUUCUCCCCUAAGCGAGAACUCUCUCAACUGACAACAAUAAAAUCGUUCGUUUGAUAAAUCUGCUGCAACAACUACAACAACAACAAAGCCUCCAAACAUUUUUUUUCUCUCUCUUAAUAAACAUAUUUCUCUUUGCUAGGGUUAGUUGUUGUUGUUGUAGUAGUUGUAGACUCGUUUUAGUGAUCAGAAAUGGGGCAACAGUCGUUGAUCUACAGCUUCGUGGCUCGUGGAACCGUCAUACUAGCCGAGUACACCGAGUUCACCGGAAACUUUACGAGCAUAGCAGCACAGUGUCUCCAGAAACUUCCUGCUAGUAACAACAAGUUCACUUACAACUGCGAUGGCCAUACUUUUAACUACCUCGUCGAUGACGGCUUCACAUACUGUGUGGUUGCUGUUGAAUCUGUUGGCCGACAGCUUCCAAUUGCCUUCCUUGAGCGAGUAAAAGAGGAUUUUACCAAGAAAUAUGGUGGAGGAAAAGCUGCGAUGGCAGUUGCUAACAGCUUGAACAGGGAGUUUGGGCCCAAAUUGAAGGAGCAGAUGCAAUAUUGUGUUGAUCAUCCGGAGGAGAUCAGCAAGCUGUCUAAAGUGAAGGCUCAGGUUUCAGAAGUGAAAGGUGUUAUGAUGGAAAACAUUGAGAAGGUUCUUGACCGUGGAGAGAAAAUUGAGCUUCUGGUGGAUAAGACAGAGAAUCUUCGCUCACAGGCACAGGAUUUCAGGCAGCAGGGAACGAAGAUGAGAAGGAAGAUGUGGUUGCAAAACAUGAAGAUAAAACUGAUAGUUCUGGGAAUCAUAAUUGCCUUGAUUCUCAUCAUAGUAUUGUCCAUUUGUGGUGGCUUCAAAUGUUGAUGUUUACCUUGCUCUCCACAAGGAUUGGUUUUUGCUUGUCGAAAAGUUUUCACUAUGCCAGUUUUCCUACAGAUUUUGUAGUCUCUUUCCUGCUAUAGCUUUAUAUCAGGAGACGGUGCUUGUAUAGUUUGUAUUUUUGAAUUCAUUUGUUACGAGGUCUUCCGUGUGUGGAAAUUUGUCAUUCCUUUUGAUUUGAAACAUCAUCUGUUGAAAAUAACUGACUGAUUACAGAGAUUAUAUUUCACCUUCGUGCAGUUACUGCAA